UGACUUUAUUGUGUUCACAAUGGACCCACCGUUUCAAAAGUAGGUCACCUCAGGGGCACAGAACUAUAAAGCAAGCAUAACAUGAAACCAAAGUACCAAACCAACGCAAAGUCUGCAUGUCCUCCUCAGUCCACCAUUUUGUUCCCUCUCUCUCUCUCUCUAUAUAUAUAUAUAUGUCUGUGUAUGUGUGUAUCUUAUCCAAAUUCCUAACUUAUAUAUAUAUAAACAUGCAUAUCUCUCUCUAACUAGGUCAGGGCAUAUACAGCAAGCACAAAACGAAUCAAACUAGCUUAAAAUCUGCAUAUCCUUCUUAUUCUCCACCGUUUUCUCUCUCUCUCUCUCUCCGUAGAUAUAUAUAUAUAUCUAUCUAUCUUUAUCCAAUCUUUUGCGAUGCUCAAAUGCCCUUCUGUUGACACCUUCACUUGCAGAGAUAAUUCUGAAUUCUAGAGCAAAAGUUCUAAAUUCCAAUCUGAAUUGAAUUUGUGAUCUGGGUUUGUUUUGAUCGAUUAAUUUUUUGUUGUCGGGUUCUGUGAAUGGCAUUGGAAGACAGCGAGAGUUGCAGUGGCAGAGCAGUGGACUCACAAUCGUCGUCGAAGCCGAAGCACCGAAAUGGACCGGACAGGGAGAGAAGACUCCAAGUGUUCGACGACGUGCUCAAUCGCCUCCGAGACAUCGAUCACGUCGAAGCCAAUCUCCCUGGUUUCGAAGACCAGCUCUUGCUCCAUUUCAACCGUCUCCCUUCUAGAUACGCUUUGGACGUGAAUGUGGAGAGGGCAGAAGAUGUGCUAACUCAUAAGAGGUUAUUGCAUCUGGCAGAAGAUCGUGCUAAUAGGCCUGCAUUUGAUGUUCGGCUUGUGCAGGUUCAUUUCACCUCUUUUGAGCAUUCAAAUGGUUCUACUAAUAAGGAUUCUGAAUCUAAGGAAGAUACUCAAAGUUAUUCUAAUAAUUCUACCAGAAAGGGAAUCCAUCCACCACCUACAUUUGGUUCAUCGCCUAAUCUUGAAGCCCUUGCACUUCAAGUUAACAUGUCUCAUGUUGAAGAUGGGGACAGCAUUGUUAACGGCUCUUUACAAAUUUUCAGGCCUAUGCACGAGAUCACCUUUUCAACAGUUGACAAACCAAAACUCCUUAGUCAGUUGACUUCCUUACUGUCCGAGAUUGGACUAAACAUUCAAGAAGCCCAUGCUUUUUCUACUGUUGAUGGCUUCUCCUUGGAUGUCUUUGUUGUUGAUGGAUGGCCUUUUGAGGAAACUGAGCAGCUGAGAACUGCACUGGAAAAGGAAAUAUUAAAGGCUAAGGGUCAAUCUUGUUCAAACCAACAUUCGUUGCCUGAUAUUAGCAAGCAUACCCAAAGAGAUCCUGAAUCCUUUCCUGAAUAUGUAAAAAUUCCUACUGAUGGGGCUGAUGUCUGGGAAAUUGAUGCCAGCCUGCUGAAAUUUGAACAAAUAGUUGGAUCUGGAUCAUUUGGUGAUCUGUAUAAAGGCACAUAUUGUAAUCAGGAAGUGGCUAUCAAAGUCCUCAAGGCUGAGCAAGUUAAUGAAAAUAUGCUGAGAGAGUUCUCUCAGGAAGUCUUUAUUAUGAGGAAGAUUCGGCACAAGCAUGUCGUUCAAUUCAUAGGCGCAUGCACCAGACCCCAAAAACUGUGCAUUGUGACUGAAUUCAUGUCUAGAGGAAGUGUUUAUACCCUUCUGCAUAAGUCGAGCACUGUGUUUAAGCUUCCUACUGUACUCAAGUUUGCGAUUGAUGUUGCCAAGGGAAUGAGCUAUUUGCACCACAAUAAUAUAAUCCAUAGGGACUUGAAGACUGCCAAUCUUCUGAUGGAUGAAAAUGAGGUUGUCAAGGUUGCUGAUUUUGGAGUUGCAAGAGUGCAGGUUCAAUCUGGAGUAAUGACUGCAGAAACUGGUACAUACCGCUGGAUGGCUCCCGAGGUCAUUGAACACAAACCAUAUGAUCACAAGGCUGAUGUUUUCAGUUAUGGAAUCGUGCUGUGGGAGCUUCUGACAAAAGAACUUCCAUACUCGUACUUAACACCAAUACAAGCAGCAAUUGGUGUGGUACAACAGGGUCUACGGCCUACAAUUCCCAAGAACACCCAUCCAAAGCUUGCAGAACUGCUACAGAAAUGCUGGCAACAAAAUCCUACUCUAAGACCGGAGUUCUCUGAAAUUCUAGGAAUACUGCAGCAAAUAGGCAAGGAGGUUGGGUAUGACGGAAAGGAAAAAUCAAUUGGUGGAUUCUUCUCGGCACUCAGAAGGGGCCAUCACUGCGGUUAGGGGAGAAGAGAGCUGUCAUACGACUGACUGGGCAUCAUAAAAUUUUGUUGCAAUUGUACAGCGUUGUUCCCUUAUGAUUGACCCAAAUUUAGUCUUCCUGGCAGGUUCAUUUUUCCUCAUGCUUUUUUCUUUCUAACUAUUCUGUAUUUAUUAUAAAUUUCUAAUCUCUUCCCCCUCGACUUUUAUAUCAUGUUAUUUUUCAUAA